AAACAUUCCACCACGAGCAAUAUUCAAACAAAAAAAUAAAAUAAAAUGGAAGGAAGAAUUAGAGUACGUGCAACAAUCUUCAUCUUGUGCUCUAUCUUCCUUCCGCUAGCUUCGAACGCUAGGCAUCCACUAGCUUCGGGCUUUAGGCAUAGGCAUAGGCAUGGAAAGGUCGCUAGGCAUGGGUUUGGUGGCGUCACUCAAUUGAAAGACCUACGAGUCGGAUUCUAUGGGAAUACCUGCCCACAAGUUGAGCAAAUUGUGAAUGAGGUUGUCACUAAAGCCUAUAAAAAAGAUCCAGGCGUUAGUGCUGGCUUUCUUCGCCUUUUUUUCCAUGAUUGUUUUGUCCAUGGCUGCGAUGCCUCGAUUUUGUUAGAUAAAACUGCAUCUGGCGAAAAAGUAGAGAAAGAUUCACGUGCCAAUGGGCAAGGAAUGAGAGGACUCGAACUCAUUGACGAGGCCAAGGCAAGAAUAGAGGCUGAAUGCCCUGGAAUCGUGUCCUGUGCCGAUGUAUUAUCCUAUGCAACCCGUGAGGGUUCCGUCAUGGCCGGUGUCCCGCACUACGAGGUGGCAGCGGGCCGACGCGACGGUCUCAUUUCCCGAGAAACAGAUGUGGCUGGCAACAUCCCACUUCCUAGUCAACCUCUUCAAAACAUUUCACAACUCUUCAUCAGCAAAGGCAUGACCGUAGAAGAUAUGGUGGUUCUAAUCGGUUCACAUUCAAUUGGCAUUGCUCACUGCCCUACCUUCCUUUACAGGGUAGCCCAGUACAAUCCCACUGUCAAAGUCGACCCCAAGUUGACCACAGCAGAUGCCAACAAUAUCAGAAAUACAUGCCUAAGGCCGGUUCCAUUUGAAGACCUGGCACAAACAUUUAUGCCAUUUGACCCCGUCACACCGUUCAGGAUGGACAAUAUCUUCUACAAGAACCUGUUGGAAGGGAAGGCAUUGAUCGAGUCAGACCGGUUAAUGGCUGACGACAUCACGACAAAACAGACAGUACAGGCAAUGGCUGGCAAUGAACAGAAUUGGCUUGCAAAGUUUGCCGAUGCCAUGGUUCGAUUGGGGAUGGUGGAUGUGAAGACCGGAACAGAAGGAGAGAUCAGGAGAAACUGUCGGUUUGUUAAUUCAGUCAACCCUCAACAACCUGGCGAUAAUAAUGGUGGUUCAGGCAUUGGUUUUGAUAAAGAGGAUGAAAAGCAGUUCCGCCAAAUCAUUGGUUCAACCAUAUUUGUGCAUUGAGAAUCAGAUUGGAAAUAGCAGCAGGAUUUGGUGGUCUAGACAUGUUUGAUCAAUUCAUUUCCAAGUCUUUUUAAUGUGAUUUGAAUUUUUUUAUUUUUUUUAGUUUCAAAAACAAAAAAGCAUUCCCAACCCAAGAAUGGAAACAGCAG